GUUUGGUCUCAAGGUUACUCGCGCAAGGUUAUCCAUUUUCUUCUUUUGGAAUGAUAUCACUACUACUUACGGACUACUCAUCUAUCAUUUACACUCGUGAAUUUUCUACAAUAACCACUUCCAAUUCAUAAGAAAAUAUUAUUGAAGAACGAGUAUUUGACUAAAUGUUAUUUACAACGAAAAUACCAAGUCGAAUAAUCAUAUCAUUGGGUUGUUUCUUUCUAGUUCACUAUAUUUUUGGACAUUCGUUAUCUGACGUCGUUCAAAAUGUCUAUGUAAAUGCUUCUCAUCCAUCUGUAUCACUAUUCCCAGCUUCCAACUUAUCUUCACCUAAAAAUGAGCCGAGUACAAAUCAGACCACGCAAGCUAAAUGGCAGCAUUUAUGUCCAUAUAUGAAGUACAAGUGUAGUGAGUUACCAGGUUAUUGUCUUAUGUGCAAUUUCAAUACUUCAUGUGUUUAUGGCGCGGUAGUCAAUGUUACUUGCUUCCCCCGUCCAGGAGUUUAUUGCAAAGAUUCAAGUGGUAUAGCUCAAGAAAACCAAACUUCUCAAACUAAUUCAUCAGACUUUUCUUAUCCGAUGAAUGAUCAAACAAAUUACCUAAUUCAAAAACCGAUUGUGUGUCGAUUUUGCCACCAGUUAGGUGAUACUGAGAUUGUUUGUAUCGGUCGAACUAAUUGUCGUCAACCUAAUGUACCUCGGAGUUUUUAUGAAACGAAAUGUGAACCAUUUCCUCAUAUACUAUGCCUAGGACGAAGAGUAUUCAGGCGUAUGGUGCCUUGUGAUUGGUCUUCUGGUAAAAGUUAUGUACUAACUGUUAUCUUAAGUUUAUUUUUCGGUGGUUUGGGAGUUGAUCGUUUUUAUUUGGGCAUGUGGAUAGAAGGAUUAGGCAAAUUGUUUAGCUUCGGUGGUCUUGGUUUAUGGAGUAUCGUUGAUUUUAUCUUAAUUGUAUCCGGAUAUGUAAAGCCUCCUGGAGAUGCUGUAUACUGGUGAUAUAAUAGGACGCAACAGUGAUGUAAAUCACCCAUAUAAUUCAAGGUAAUUUAUACUUUUUACUACUUCCAAUAAUUUCAACAACUAUCUCGUGCUUUAAUUCUUCCUGUCUCCUAUAUAUAACUGUGUCCUUCAAGUGUUAGUUUCUAGUACUUGAACAUAUUUUAAUAACUUGUAUAUUUUUUAUGUAUUUGUUUCUGUUUCUUCUGAAAAUGUAAUCUUAAAUCUUUUUUUGCAAAUGUUCAUGGUUAUCCU